CCUCGAUGGAGAGUUCUGGUGGUGACAAGCAGAACGAAUCGGACGAGUGCGAUGUGACCGCCAAUAAUCGGCAUCAGAACAAGAUGACGGGCCAGGAGGACAGCAACGUAUUGAAGAUAAGCAAAGAUUUAGGCGACCAGGAGGCAUUGAAGAAUCUGAAGAACUUAGAGAAUAUUAGUCAAAACGACGAGGCUUCGACUAAAUUAUCCAAGGCUGUGUCCCAAGAGAACGAAGAUGACGAGGACGAGUGUAAAGGCUCCGACGAGGACGAGCUCAAAGAGGAAAAAACCGACGGGAAAAAGGACGAGGAAUCGUCGAGCAGUACAACGUCUACGAGCACCUCUGAUGACGAGUCUGAAACCAGUUCAGACGAUAAGACGGAGGCUUCGAAAACCGAACAGACUAAGACGGUCACGUCUGAGACCAAGAAGGAGGAUCAGGCGUCGAAGAACGACGAUACCACCGACGACAGUGAUAUCGAGGAUGACUUGAUUUCGGCGAUCAAUUACAACACCAUCACCUCUCUGGCCGCCCUCAAGGAUAUGCUGCAGUCCUCCGGAGAGGAUUCAGACGGUGUGGAUAGUUUCUUUCAUCAUUACUUUUUGUCCCACGUGAACAGGUUACCGUCGAGGAAUCAGACUCAUAGUCCUUAUCCGUGGGGUAGAAGAUUGUCGGAGUGCAGGGAAGAGGAUGAAUACGAGAACGAAGAUGCGAAAAACGUGGAAAUACCGAUCGCCAAGGUCAUUAGCGAGAGCAAGAAGGAUGUCGCGAAGAUCGAAGAACCAGAGGAGAAGAACGAGAGCGUCUCCUCGAAAGCCUCUAGUCCGUGUAUAUCCGAGAAAUCUAGCUCGGAGAAGAUCGACCAAAAGUCGAAUCCAGAGCCUAGCGUCUCUGAGCCGAAGCCUCAGACCACGGCUCCCACGGUGACUACAACGACCGUUUCGACGACCACGUCGGUCGCCACGUCCACGACCACUACUACCACCACCACUACCACGUCGUCCAGGUUCACCACGUCCACUGUCACGUCGCCGACGUCCACCACCAAGCCUCCGCUGAGGAGAAGGCACACCACUGGGCCCGGUAUGACCUUCCCGGCUACCGAUCCGCCGACCUAUUCGACCAGCAUGACCUUCUCGAGAACCAGCCCUCUUCCUAGUCCGCAUCUCGAUAAAAGGUUCUUCGACAGCAGUUUGAUAGAAAUGAAGAGCCAGGCGAGUAGUUCUAGCACUCUUGAUUAUGACUCCACCGAGGAGGUCUGGGUACGCAGGGUAGAUUUCGUGCAGGAAAGGAAGAGAAAGGUAAGUGGAAUUGCUUCUCCUCGCUUAUUACGUGUCCUUGGAAUUUCAGUCGCUUCUUUUCUAGAGACCAACUUUGAUUGGAGAAGUAAUGCUACGUGUGCUGGUCGUGUGUGCAUUAGGUUGCUGAGAUACUAG